AUGACAGGAAACCAUGGAGACGUGAAUGAGUCUCAGGACCAGAGAAUGCCCCCAUGGACCCCUGCACAAGCGCAUCGUGAGACAGCUUCAGAACCUGACCAGACCAGAGACGUGAUGCUGUUCCAAGGCCAGGUGAUUAACCUUACACCAGGAAAGGUGGAAAAGGCGAUAGUGCCUGCGAUCGUGACGCCUGAGAUCGAUUUGACUCGCCAGGCAGAGCUUCGAGCUCGCGUGAUACGGGACUUGGCCAAUACGGACCCUAAACGCGCGUACCUCCAGGGACUGGCAUAUUUGGAAGAGGGGAUGGCGUUAAGGGAGUCAGCGCACGAACUCAUUAUACCAGUAAUUGAGGAGUGUUCCAAAGUCCCAGGGUUUGAAAAGCUGCGGAAAGCAGACAUGUCACGGUGGAUACAGGCUGAAGGAAUCAAGAGAGAAUAUGAAGACAUGACGAGGAAGAUCGAGAAAGCAUGGGAAGUGGUUGAAAAGAACUGGGGUUCAGAGAUUACCAGCACACUUCGCCCUCUUGCAAAACACUAUGCCUAUGCCGCAGCCUGCCGGAAGAUGUCUAGGACCAAUUCCUGGGAGACCAUAAGAGACUGCAGCCACUGGUGCACUCUACGUCGACUCCAAGGGGCACGUAAAAGUGUUGAGAACCAGUACUACCGAACGGUGGCUAUGGACAUUCAGAAUGCGGAGAAGGUCUGCAGGUUGGAAGGAAAACAACCACCAGUUGGAGACAAGGAGUUGCAUGCCUGGCGACUGUACCAGCAGGAUAAUGGACUUCUGGCGCAGAUGACAAAGUUCCAUUCCCAUCUUAUACAAGCAAAGGAAGACGCAGUGGAGCAAUCCCCAACAACUGAGAACCGCGUGGAAGAAAUUGAGGAGACUGAUGGAGAAGAGGUUGCUAGCUCGGAGGGGUUUACCUCUGUCAACCGACCUCAGGAAGCCCGUCAUCGUCGCCACAGAGAGAAAGACAAGGCAUACCAUGCGCCUUGGCACGCGAAGCGGAGGAGGACGACCCCAGAAGCUGCAGAGAAACGGGGCAUCGAUCUGGACAACUUCAUCGAAACCAAGCGCCGGGCACAAGGGGAGAUAGCUCGGAGGGAGACCAGCGUGGAUACCAUGGAGGCACGAGAGCGUCUGGAGCACCUAACCAAUGGAGAGCAGACUGAGGUUGAAUGGAGUAGUCUUCUCGGAGACUCAGGGGUACUGCGCGUUGAAGAUGCCGACCACCGGGCAAACCCAAGGGCUUCCCUUGAAGAUAUUUCUGGCGGAACAGGGCUCAACCGGUUCUACGUGCAGCUCGAUCCUGAGGCUGGGGUUUGGAAGGUCUACAAGGUUGUGGAAUAG